AUGGUGGUGGUCAUCUGCGCCGCCCACAGCCUCCAGGCGUCCACAGCCUCCAGGCGCCCACAGCCUCCAGACGCCCACAGCCUCCAGGCAUCCACAGCCUCCAGACGCCCACAGUCUCCAGGCGCCCACAGCCUCCAGACGCCCACAGCCUCCAGGCAUCCACAGCCUCCAGACGUCCACAGCCUCCAGGCGCCCACAGCCUCCAGGCGCCCACAGCCUCCAGACGCCCACAGCCUCCAGACGCCCACAGCCUCCAGGCAUCCACAGCCUCCAGGCAUCCACAGCCUCCAGGCGCCCAACAGUCUCCAGGCGGCCACAGCCUCCAGGCGGCCACAGCCUCCAGGCGUCCACAGCCUCCAGGCAUCCACAGCCUCCAGACGCCCACAGUCUCCAGGGCGCCCACAGCCUCCAGACGCCCACAGCCUCCAGGCGUCCACAGCCUCCAGACGCCCACAGCCUCCAGGCGUCCACAGCCUCCAGGCAUCCACAGCCUCCAGACGCCUACAGCCUCCAGGCAUCCACAGCCUCCAGACGCCCACAGCCUCCAGGCAUCCACAGCCUCCAGACGCCCACAGUCUCCAGGCGCCCACAGCCUCCAGACGCCCACAGCCUCCAGGCAUCCACAGCCUCCAGACGUCCACAGCCUCCAGGCGCCCACAGCCUCCAGGCGCCCCACAGCCUCCAGACGCCCACAGCCUCCAGGCAUCCACAGCCUCCAGACGCCCACAGCCUCCAGGCAUCCACAGCCUCCAGGCGCCCACAGCCUCCAGACGCCCACAGCCUCCAGGCAUCCACAGCCUCCAGACGCCCACAGCCUCCAGGCAUCCACAGCCUCCAGACGCCCACAGUCUCCAAGGCGCCCACAGCCUCCAGACGCCCACAGCCUCCAGGCAUCCACAGCCUCCAGGCAUCCACAGCCUCCAGACGCCCACAGUCUCCAGGCGCCCACAGCCACCAGACGCCCACAGUCUCCAGGCGCCCACAGCCUCCAGACGCCCACAGCCUCCAGGCAUCCACAGCCUCCAGACGCCCACAGUCUCCAGGCGGCCACAGCCUCCAGACGCCCACAGUCUCCAAGGCGCCCACAGCCUCCAGACGCCCACAGCCUCCAGGCAUCCACAGCCUCCAGGCAUCCACAGCCUCCAGGCAUCCACGGCCUCCAGACGCCCACAGUCUCCAGGCGCCCACAGCCUCCAGGCAUCCACAGCCUCCAGGCAUCCACAGCCUCCAGACGUCCACAGCCUCCAGGCGCCCACAGCCUCCAGACGCCCACAGUCUCCAGGCGCCCACAGCCUCCAGACGCCCACAGCCUCCAGGCAUCCCACAGCCUCCAGGCAUCCACAGCCUCCAGACGCCCACAGUCUCCAGGCGCCCACAGCCACCAGACGCCCACAGUCUCCAGGCGCCCACAGCCUGCAGACGCCCACAGCCUCCAGGCAUCCACAGCCUCCAGACGCCCACAGUCUCCAGGCGGGCCACAGCCUCCAGACGCCCACAGUCUCCAAGGCGCCCACAGCCUCCAGACGCCCACAGCCUCCAGGCAUCCACAGCUCCAGGCAUCCACGGCCUCCAGACGCCCACAGUCUCCAGGCGCCCACAGCCUCCAGGCAUCCACAGCCUCCAGGCAUCCACAGCCUCCAGACGUCCACAGCCUCCAGGCGCCCACAGCCUCCAGACGCCCACAGCCUCCAGGCAUCCACAGCCUCCAGGCAUCCACAGCUUCCAGACGUCCACAGCCUCCAGACGCCCACAGUCUCCAGACGCCCACAGUCUCCAGGCGCCCACAGCCUCCAGGCAUCCACAGCCUCCAGGCAUCCACAGCCUCCAGACGUCCACAGCCUCCAGGCGCCCACAGCCUCCAGACGCCCACAGCCUCCAGACGCCCACAGUCUCCAGGCGGCUACAGCCUCCAGGCGGCCACAGCCUCCAGGCGUCGAUACCCUGGUUGAUACCUGCCUCCAGGCAUCCACAGCCUCCAGGACGUCCACAGCCUCCAGACGUCCACAGCCUCCAGGCGGCCACAGCCUCCAGGCGUCCACAGCCUCCAGGCAUCCACAGUCUCCAGGCGUCCACAGUCUCCAGGCGCCCACAGCUCCAGACGCCCACAGCCUCCAGGCGCCCACAGCCUCCAGACGCCCACAGCCUCCAGGCAUCCACAGCCUCCAGACGCCCACAGUCUCCAGGCGUCCACAGCCUCCAGGCAUCCACAGCCUCCAGGCAUCCACAGCCUCCAGACGCCCACAGUCUCCAGGCGUCCACAGCCUCCAGGCAUCCACAGCCUCCAGGCAUCCACAGCCUCCAGACGCCCACAGUCUCCAGGCGGCCACAGCCUCCAGACGUCCACAGCCUCCAGACGUCCACAGUCUCCAGGCGCCCACAGCCUACAGGCAUCCACAGCCUCCAGACGCCCACAGUCUCCAGGCGUCCACAGCCUCCAGACGCCCACAGCCUCCAGGCAUCCACAGCCUCCAGACGUCCACAGCCUCCAGACGCCCACAGUCUCCAGGCGCCCACAGCCUCCAGACGCCCACAGCCUCCAGGCGUCCACAGCCUCCAGACGCCCACAGUCUCCAGGCGCCCACAGCCUCCAGACGCCCACAGCCUCCAGGCAUCCACAGCCUCCAGACGCCCAUAGUCUCCAGGCAUCCACAGCCUCCAGACGCCACAGUCUCCAGGCAUCCACAGUCUCCAGGCAUCCACAGCCUCCUGACGUCCACAGCCUCAGGCGCCCACAGCCUCCAGGCGUCCACAGCCUCCAGGCGGCCACAGCCUCCAGGCGGCCACAGCCUCCAGGCAUCCACAGCCUCCAGACGCCCACAGCUUCCAGACGCCCACAGUCUCCAGGCGCCUUCAGACGCCCACAGACUCCAGGCGUCCACAGCCUCCAGACGCCCACAGUCUCCAGGCGCCUUCAGACGCCCACAGCCUCCAGGCGUCCACAGCCUCCAGACGCCCACAGUCUCCAGGCGCCCACAGCCUCCAGGCAUUCACAGCCUCCAGGCGCCCACAGCCUCCAGGCAUUCACAGCCUCCAGACGCCCACAGCCUCCAGACGCCCACAGCCUCCAGGCAUUCACAGCCUCCAGACGCCCACAGCCUCCAGGCAUCCACAGCCUCCAGACGUCCACAGCCUCCAGGCAUCCACAGCCUCCAGACGCCCACAGUCUCCAGGCGUCCACAGCCUCCAGGCAUCCACAGCCUCCAGGCGCCCACAGUCGCCAGGCGUCCACAGCCUCCAGGCGUCCACAGCCUCCAGGCGCCCACAGCCUCCAGGCAUCCACAGCCUCCAGGCAUCCACAGCCUCCAGACGCCCACAGUCUCCAGGCGUCCACAGCCUCCAGGCGUCCACAGCCUCCAGGCGCCCACAGUCUCCAGGCGUCCACAGCCUCCAGGCUCCCACAGCCUCCAGGCAUCCACAGCCUCCAGGCAUCCACAGUCUCCAGGCGUCCACAGCCUCCAGGCAUCCACAGCCUCCAGACGCCCACAGUCUCCAGGCGUCCACAGCCUCCAGGCGUCCACAGCCUUCAGGCGCCCACAGCCUCCAGACAUCCACAGCCUCCAGACGCCCACAGUCUCCAGGCGUCCACAGCCUUCAGGUGUCCACAGCCUCCAGGCGCCCACAGCCUCCAGGCAUCCACAGCCUCCAGCCUCCAGGCGUCCACAGCCUCCAGGCGUCCACAGCCUCCAGGCGCCCACAGCCUCCAGGCGCCCACAGCCUCCAGACGUCCACAGCCUCCAGGCAUCCACAGCCUCCAGACGCCCACAGUCUCCAGGUGGCCACAGCCUCCAGACGCCCACAGCCUCCAGGCGGCCACAGCCUCCAGGCGCCCACAGCCUCCAGGCGCCCACAGCCUCCAGACGUCCACAGCCUCCAGGCAUCCACAGCCUCCAGACGCCCACAGCCUCCAGGCGGCCACAGUCUCCAGGCGGCCACAGCCUCCAGACGCCCACAGCCUCAGGCGUCCACAGCCUCCAGGCGCCCACAGCCUCCAGGCGCCCACAGCCUCCAGACGUCCACAGCCUCCAGGCAUCCACAGCCUCCAGACGCCCACAGCCUCCAGGCGGCCACAGUCUCCAGGCGGCCACAGCCUCCAGGCGGCCACAGCCUCCAGGCGCCCACAGCCUCCAGGCGCCCACAGCCUCCAGGCGGCCACAGCCUCCAGGCGGCCACAGCCUCCAGGCGCCCACAGCCUCCAGGCGGCCACAGCCUCCAGGCGGCCACAGCCUCCAGGCGGCCACAGCCUCCAGGCGCCCACAGCCUCAGGCGCCCACAGCCUCCAGGCGCCACAGCCUCCAGGCGGCCACAGCCUCCAGGCGUCCACAGCCUCCAGGCGCCCACAGCCUCCAGGCGCCCACAGCCUCCAGGCAUCCACAGCCUCCAGGCGUUCACAGCCUCCAGACGCCCACAGUCUCCAGGCGGCCACAGCCUCCAGACGCCUCUGAAGACACGGUGGACUUUCGUCACGCAGAA